AACUGUCCAAAACCCUAAACUAAGAAAGAUAUAUAGACCCUUUCUUUGUAGGAAUAUAUAUACAAUUAAGAAUGAUAGAGUGGGGAGAUGUUUACAAGGUGGUGGUAGCCAUGGCACCACUCUAUGUAGCUCUAUUUUUAGGUUAUGGUUCAGUGAAGUGGUGGCAUUUGUUUACACCCGAACAGUGCGACGCGAUAAAUCGCUUUGCUUGCUAUUUCACCCUCCCUCUCUUAGGCUUUGAGUUCAUAUCUCAUGUUGAUCCCUUUGCAAUGAAUUAUCCAUUCAUUGGUGCAGAUGUUAUCUCCAAAUGCAUUGUUGUGCUAGUGAUUGCCUUUUGGGCUAACUGUAGUAGCAAGGGAAGCUAUUGCUGGUCCAUAACAAGCUUUUCACUCUCUACUCUAAAUAAUACUUUGAUUGUAGGUGUGCCCCUUUUGAAGGCCAUGUAUGGUCAGAUGGGUGAAGACCUUGUUGUCCAAUCAUCGGUCGUGCAGGCUAUCGCGUGGCUGACGAUACUAUUGUUUGUUUUGGAGUUUAGACAGACCAGGAAGGACUUUGCUUUGAGUACAACUAUGAGGGACUCGAGUGUCUCUGGCGAACCGAGGAAAGAUUUGGAAGGAGAUGACCACGUUCCGGUGAGCUCUCGGCCAUCUUUCUGGUAUCUGAUGAAGGUGGUUUGGCAGAAACUGGUUAAGAACCCUAAUUUAUAUGCUUGUGUUCUUGGUCUUGCUUGGGCUUUUUCAUCGAGCAGGUGGCAUUUAAAGAUGCCAAGCAUCAUUGAAGGCUCGAUAUUGAUCAUGUCAAGAGCUGGAACAGGCACUGCCAUGUUUAGCCUUGGACUAUUCAUGGCAUUGCAAACGGAAGUGAUUGCUUGUGGUGCUGGUCUUACUGUGUUUGGGAUGGUUUUAAGGUUUGUUGCUGGACCUGCAGCAAUGGCAAUAGGUGCUAUUGCUGUAGGUUUGAGAGGAGAUGUUUUAAAGGUUGCGAUCAUUCAGGCAGCAUUGCCGCAAUCCGUCACCUCCUUCAUAUUCGCUAAGGAAUAUGGAUUGCAUGCACAAGUGAUUAGCACCGCGGUAAUCUUUGGCACAAUUGUAUCACUUCCGGUUCUAAUUGCUUAUUUUGUAGUUAUAGAACUUUUACAUUGAUUCUUUCUUUAUUAACCGAGAUAGGGAUAUGUAGAGUUUUGUUACACCCAUUUUCUUGUAGCAAGUUUUAGAGACAUGUAUUAUUUUAUCCUAAGCUAAAGGAACUUCAAGACUAUUUGAAAUGUAUUUUUUCUUUUUUCUUUUGGUAAGCUUUGUAUAUAUUAAUUAAGAGAAAAUGUACAUAUGCGGGCACAAAGGCGAGCUACUCAUUUACAAACUAGAUAAUAAGCCAGUAAG